UCCCAGAUGGCCAGAAAAAACCAGUGUGUGUCUGGGGUCACUGUGCAACUGGAGAUGAGGAACCUGUGGGAGGAAUUCAACAGCCUAGGCACUGAGAUGAUUGUCACCAAGGCAGGGCGGAGAAUGUUUCCCACUUUCCAGGUGAAGAUAUCAGGCAUGGACCCCGUGGCUGACUAUGUGCUACUCAUGGACUUUGUGCCUUUGGAUGACAAGAGAUACCGGUACGCCUUCCAUAGCUCUGCUUGGCUUGUAGCAGGUAAGGCUGAUCCUGCUACACCUGGACGGGUUCAUUUCCACCCUGACUCCCCUGCCAAGGGAGGGCAGUGGAUGAGGCAGAUUGUCUCCUUUGACAAACUCAAACUCACCAACAACUUGAUGGAUGACAAUGGCCACAUCAUCCUGAAUUCCAUGCAUAGGUACCAGCCCCGUUUCCAUGUAGUGGUGGUAGAUCCACGUCCAGAUAGUGAGCGUUAUGCCCAGGAGAAUUUCAAAUCCUUCAUCUUCACUGAGACUCAGUUCAUAGCAGUGACAGCAUAUCAGAACCAUCGGAUCACACAGCUGAAAAUUGCUAGUAAUCCCUUUGCAAAAGGGUUCCGGGAAUGUGAGUCAGAUGACUGGCCAGGGUCACCAGGACAACUACUAGGCUGCUUAUCCCGCAAUAGCGUGGCAGCUCCCUCAGCUCAGAUUCAGAGGACUCUAGAGAAAGGGUUUACCAACAAUCAUCGUCUCCCUCCUUCCCUCCUCAGAGAAGCUUCCCAUCUCUAUCACCUAUCACCGGUGACACCCGCCAGCCUCCCUGAUGGAUGCAUUGCUCGCCGACCCUUAAACGAAUCAUCGGGGGCCUUGCCCUACAAGCACCUCUCUUACCAUAGCAUCUAUGUGGGAGCACGGGCUCGGGCAGCACCAUAUACACUCCCAAGCAGUCGGGCCACUAGCUUCCAUGCUCUCAACAUCUAUACUGCUGGUGGCUAUGAACAAUGA